GGCAUUAAAAUUUCCCAACACUAACGGUGGCGUUUAAAUUUUGUUCGGCUUGUUUGUUUAUAUGGCUUUAGUUUUUUGAUAAAUAACAACAAGACAUUCCAAGUGGCUCAGUAAGUCUACAGAAAAAAGGCUAGCUAUGUUAUCCAAUCGGGCGUUUGGAGAAACAAUUGAGGACUAUGAAGUACAGCACUUGCUGGGUAAAGGUGGUUUUGCGACCGUCUACAAGGCGCGGUGCCUGCACACUCACCAGGAUGUGGCCAUAAAGAUGAUCGAUAAAAAACUAAUCCAGGGCACUGGACUCACUAACCGCGUUCGCCAGGAAGUGGAAAUCCACUCCCGCCUGAAGCAUCCCUCUGUGCUUCAGCUGUACACUUUCUUUCAGGACGCCAACUAUGUGUAUUUGGUGCUCGAGCUGGCCCAUAAUGGGGAGCUUCAUCGCUAUAUGAACCACAUCGCCAGACCCUUCACAGAGACGGAAGCUGCUUCCAUUCUGAAGCAGGUGGUGGCGGGACUUUUGUACCUGCACUCCCACAACAUCAUGCACCGCGACAUUUCGCUGUCCAACCUACUGCUUAGCAGGGAAAUGCACGUCAAGAUAGCCGAUUUUGGACUGGCCACCCAAUUAAAGCGACCUGAUGAGCGCCAUAUGACCAUGUGUGGAACUCCGAACUAUAUUUCGCCUGAGGUGGUAUCGCGAACGUCUCACGGACUGCCCGCGGACGUCUGGAGCGUUGGAUGCAUGCUGUACACCCUGCUGGUUGGACGCCCGCCCUUCGAAACCGAUGCAGUGCAGUCAACCCUUAACAAAGUUGUGAUGUCCGAGUACAUUAUGCCGGCUCACUUGUCUUACGAGGCGCAGGACCUGAUAAACAAAUUAUUAAAAAAGCUCCCGCACGAACGAAUUACCCUGGAGGCUGUUCUCUGCCAUCCCUUUAUGUUGAAAUGCUCAAAUGGUGGACACUCUGCGCCGGGAGCGUUGAAUGUGUUCAGCCAGAGUAUGGAAAGUGGCGAUAGUGGAAUCAUAACAUUUGCUAGCAGUGACUCCCGGAAUUCCCAGCAAAUUCGAUCUGUGGAAAACUCAGGACCACAACAAGUGCUUCCUCAAAUACGGGAGGAAUUUAAGCAAGUCCAUCAUAAAUUGCCUUAUGAACAGACAGGUUUAUUUGGGCAAGCUUCAACUGGCUUGGCAGAGCCAAAUUGGCCAGGAGCUGCUAAGUCCUCAGCGUUCUGCAUGGAGGCGGGCAAUGUACCCAAUUCCAAACAGGCAUCUCUUAAGGAAGAUCGCAUUUCGGUGCCACCAUUGAAUACUAAAAGACUGCUUCCGACGCGUUAUAAGACGAAGAAUGCUAUAAUGAGUAUUUUGCGCAAUGGAGAGGUAGUUCUCGAGUUUCUUAAGUUUCGGCCAACCUAUAAUGAAGAUCGCAUUAAUGAUAUUUGUCGCAUAUCGGAUGACGGACAGCGAAUCAUAAUUUAUCAACCAGAUCCUGGGCGUGGCUUACCAGUGAGAGAGCAGCCACCAGAUCUUCAAAUACCAAGCGGAGAUUGUGUAUAUAACUACGAUAAUUUGCCCAGCAAGCACUGGAAAAAAUACAUAUACGGAGCUCGAUUUGUAGGGCUGGUAAAAAGCAAAACACCAAAAGUCACAUACUUCAGUACUCUAGGCAAAUGCCAAUUGAUGGAGACAAUGACCGACUUUGAGAUUCGUUUCUACUCGGGAGCUAAGCUACUAAAGACGCCGUCCGAGGGGCUAAAGGUCUACGAUCGAAAUGGAAUGUUGCUCUCGGAUUAUUCCUGUUCGGAGUCACGAUCCCUAAUAGAGCACGGAAACGAGUGUUUCACCCACUGUGUCAACAUCAGUAAUGCCUUGGAAGUAGCUCAGACGAAAGAUAAUUCGUGUUUUCCAGUCACAAUCGGACGAAGACCUAUAACAGAUGUACAACCCGCUCAGAGAUUGGAUGGCCUACGAGAUACCACCAAUAUUGCGUUUUCCACACCAAAAUCUAAUCAGGGCUCAAUAAACUUUUCCUUAAGCACUAUUUCGUCGACUCGAAAUACUUCAGAUUUUGGAACCAACUGCUCUAGGUCCAACAUGCUAGCCGCCCAUCAAAAUAUACCCAUCAAACGCAUAAACGUUCCUGAAAUCGGAAUAGCUACUGAGCUCUCCCAUGGAGUUGUCCAAGUGCAAUUUUAUGAUGGAUCCGUGGUCUCUGUUAUUCCGAGCAUGCAAGGUGGUGGUAUAACCUAUACCCAACCCAACGGAACUUCAACCCACUUCGGCAAGGGCGACGACUUGCCAUUCCCGGUCAGAGAUAGAGUCGGUCAGAUACCAAACAUUCAGUUAAAGUUGAAGACAGCUCCAUUGCUGGGAAGCGGCAGGAAAACUGACUACAACAAUGCAAUGACUCCCAAAACGACAACGCCUUAUUAUAAUCGCAUGCUUCUUUAAUUGAAUCAAAACUUAAUUCCAAAAUAGUUUUUUAAGUUUGAACAAAUGUACUUGUAUUGUAAAUUAAGGGUAAAUAUAUUUUUUACGUUUUCCCCGUGCUUAUCAAAAUAAUUGACACAAAAAUUAUUCAAUGUAACUAUGCUUUCUUUUGUAAGUUUUAAAAGAGUAUAAAGGAAGAAAACAAAAACUGAUUGGUUUCUUUGUAUUUGUAAUUCAAUAAUUUGCGAAUCCUUGUCCAUUUGCAAGUAAAAUUAAUGAGUAUGGGCCUACGUUCAAAUUUCAAUUCCAGUUUCGAACACACACAGCUAUGAUAUUUGCUUUACCUCAAGUUCUUUAUUUGAUUUUCAAAAGUUUAUACUUUUUGUAUAAGUGUGAGGUUAGAAAAUUUUAGUAUAAAAUAUAUUAUUGUUACGUACGUUUAUAUAUUAAAUACGAGAUAAAUAAAUUUAUACUUUUAUACUUAGUAAAAUCUUUAGACUAACAUUGCCUUACUAAACUGAUGCUACCGCAUUUACAAAUUACUACGGCAGGAUUCGUAUUGCUUCAAAGUUGUAGAUGCAAUAGUGAAAUAUACACAUUAAAAGUAAUUUCUUGUACAGAUUUUAAAGACAAUCAUGCACGGAUGGAUUACACUAUGUAAUAAUAAUAAGUGGCGAUUAACUAUCCGUAUAUUAAUAAAAUGCAUUCGGCAAUUCAGAAGAAUCAAUUUGAGCAUAAGCACCUGACUAUUGUGUUGGCAUGGAUUUAUUGAUUGCAAUGUAAUAAAAAACGCAAAAAUAAUAAAUGUAAACUAACUUAAGUCAAUGGACGGAAGAAAAAAGUCAGUGGAACAGUACAGUAGAUAAGAAGCAUAAUUUCAGUGUAACAUUUGAUUUGGCAGUUUAAACAUGGUGCAACUGCUCAACUAAUAAAACGAUAAACAGUC